UGACACUGAUUAUUCCCAUCCGCGUGCUGACGAGCGCUAUCCAUAUCCUCGAAUGCGUCCACACAAAUAAUAUGCCCUUCACCCCAGUUGUCGCGCAGCAGGCGUUCGCGACGGACCCGAAGUACAAGAAGUACACACAGCAGGUCGACAAGUGCCUGAACUCAUUCGAUAAUGUGCACGAGUGGGCAGACUGCAUUGCGUUCUUGAAGCAACUGCUCAAGACCUUCCAAACGUACAACCAGUUCAAGGAGAUCCCCCGCAAGGUGAUCGUGGCGAAGCGUCUGGCGCAAUGUUUGAAUCCCGCCCUCCCAAAUGGUGUACACCAACGCGCGCUGGACGUGUAUUCGCAUAUACUGGCUGUAUUAGGAUCUGAAGGUCUGAGGCGCGAUCUACCUCUCUGGUCCAUGGGCUUGUUCCCCUUCUUCGAAUACGCCGCAACUUCAGUCAAGCCCACACUAUUGAACCUCUAUGAUGUGCAUUAUCUCCCCCUUCAAGGCGCGCUUCGCCCCGUCACGAAAUCCUUCAUCUUAGCCCUCCUCCCUGGCUUGGAAGAGGAGACAGGCGAGUUCUUCGAGAAGGUCAUCAGCCUUCUUGAUCGCCUCUCCGGGACCGUCUCCCCCUCAUUCUUCUUUCAGAACAUAUGGCUCGUCAUGCUCACGUCUCCCGCAUCCCGCGGGACGUCUCUCAACUUCCUCGCACGCCGCCUCCCUAAAUUCGAUACCCAGGAAGACAUGACACACGUCGUUGGUCGUGAUAUAGGGCUGAUGAUUCGCGCUUUCGCCGCUGCGCUGGAAGACGACAACCUCCUCGUCCGCCGCGGUGCCCUCGACCUGCUGCUACAGUCCAUGAAGAUUGACUCUGUCGCCGUUACGCGCGCGCAGCCCGCAGACCGAGCGAUCCUCAUGCGCGCGGCCGUAUCCGUAGUCCUGCGUCGGGACCUUGCUCUGAACCGAAGGCUGUAUACGUGGCUUCUGGGUUCGGACGAGAAGAGUGAGACGCAGAUUGCACACUACAAGGAGCAUGCGCUUGGGCUGUUGCGACAGACGCUGAAAGAAGAUAUGGAUGCGCCCUCUGGCGAAUACCCAGAGUCACGCCCAUUCAAGAUUUUCAUCUCGCUCUUGGACAAAUGGGAGGUCGGCGCGCCGCUUACGGAGACGCUCGUCUACGAUGCUCUUCUGGACCUGAAGCGGUUGAUGCAAGCCUCGCACGACCCGUCGAGUGACAUUGCCAUGACAGCAAGCACGCUGUACGAGGCUGUCGAGCCUCAGAUUCUGUGCAAGCAACUACUGGGUAGCAUCACGUCCGAGAUAAUCGGGGACGGCAAGAAAACUGAGGCCAUUCAACUCACCGUCUUCGUCCUGAAGUCGUUCGCGCAGGACGAGGAGAUGCAAAGAAUUCAUUUGCCGAUUUUCUUUGCCGCGAUCGUCGACGUUAUACAUAUACACCUGCAAGAGCACCACAGCAAGGCGUCGUCCCCGGCAGUACGCGAAGCAAUGCUUCUCCUUGAAGAAAUGAUGCAGCAUAUUGCGCAUAAUUCCUUGUUGAGCCGGCCUGAGUUAGGCGACACUAUGCAAGAAGCGAGCGUUACGGAACGCCCAUAUACCUACGCAUGCACCUUCUACGGCACCCAAGCGGCGUUCACUGUUCCCGAAACAUUAGCAGAGUUCAUCUCACCGUUCGCAUCGGUGUUCGGUAGCUUCACGGCACUGACUGAGCACUUGGCCAAAUCGGCGUCGUCGGAGGUGGCGCGUGAGGUAUAUUCGCGGAUGCUGCUCAUGUUGGACGAGCUCCUCGAGUUCCUCUCUGGGCCGACAAAGGUUUCGUGGAACCCGGGCGAAUGGCUUUCUGUGGCCUUGCACGUCCUCGAGCAAGAGUCAGCGAACUUCACCAUAGUCGACCGGACGGUCACCCUGAUUGCGUCGCUGUGCCAUGCGCAGACAUUGGAGCCCACUAUCAACAUCGACUCGCGCCCAGUCAUGUUCAAGCUGAUGUCGAAGCUGCUGCGCUACCUGCGAAACGAUUGCGCGGUUUACCAUGUUCGGACUGUCAGCCUCAUCUGGGCGCUCGACGAGAUCGCGCCUGGGUCGCACAUCGAGUCCAUCAUCGCGCAAACGAUGACUUCGCCUCAAAACAGGAAUGUGCAGGAGGCGUACGAAGCCUUCGGAAUACUAUGGCGCUUGACUGACGACUCCCUGCUACCCGGAUUCCGCUUCAAGGUGCCCAUGAUGAUCGUCCUCGAGACGCUCAAAAGCGACGACCCCUCCCUUCGGCGAAUCGGCGAGACGUGGAUGCGCUGUAGCCUCAAGUCGUAUCUGCGCGUACUCGAUCCCAUACUGUUCGAUAUUCUGGACCCAGGCAUCCGUCGCAGCCCGUCGCUGACGAAGAUCCACGGAAAGGAGCUGCAAAGCUUCAUGUACGAGCGGCCCUUCGACCAGCGGUACAUCCAGCAUCUCCUCGACCUCCUGCUCGGCGUCAUGCGCUUCGGAGGCCAAGGCUUCGCGAAGACGGUGCGGACGACGCCGGUCAGGCGUACGCCUAAUGCGGACUUGAUUGCAAGACUGGAGAAGAGCGGGGGUGACGCGGAUACCUCGUACGCUGAUGUGCUUAUCGAGAACUUCCUGCGACUAUUGCAAGCGGAGCCCAAGAAGUCCCUCAUACCAUCGAUGCAGACCUUCAACGUUGCCAUACAGUCGACCGCCGUGGAUCUCCUACAAGGCAUCAUUUCCAGAGGCGAUAUCGACCCCUUGUUUGUUGGCGUGGUCGAGGCCGCCGUCAUUGGAAAGUUGUUCUUCUGCGUGCAUGCCUCCCGGCUCGACUUGCAAAACAAACUAUUGCAUCUUCUUCAUUCGUUGGUUUCUGCAGCAAUCACUCCCGUGCAACCUAGAAAAGCGCCAUCGAUAGUACAAGGUCACAGCCGCGGAACGGACUACAACGCAAGCAUGUCUGCGAUGAGCCAUACGGAGUCUGAGGAAACCGCGGCCUAUUCCGUCAACCCGCUGUUCAUCCAAACGCUAGUUGACGGCAUUAGCAUGCCAAGCAAUCGCCCUAUCCUCCAGCAUUGGCUCGACUUCAUCUUGAUGGCGGUGCCGGCUUUUCAGCCGGCGCUGCAAGUUGUCGUCAACCCUUUGAACGAAUGCCUGUGCCGACAACUCAGCGGAUCUAUACGCGACGUUCUGGAUGCUGCUGCGAGGGGAAAGAACUUCGCCUUUGACGCCUUGUCUUCGUCGACGGACGCCGAAAUCGUCAUGCUGCUGAACGGACUGGAGCGCUUGGUGCUCCUGAGCUUGGCCUACAUGUCGGAACCCAACUCAGCAGAGGACGAUGGGAUGUCGCCGGAGAAGCCGACACAGGAGAGUGGCGGCGGUCUUCUGGGUUAUGUCUCUGGCGUCUUCAGCUCGGAUUCAGCGAACGCUGGUGCAGACGAGCAGCUCACGACGCAAUCACCUGGCUACCGUGCCCUUCGCGAGGCAGUUCGCGUUCUUCAUCAGUUGUGGUCAAACUUCGUCUGGUCGCAACCUGAGCAUCCAUCGUCGACAGAUGACUCGCUCUCCCUCAUCUACACUCGCACAAGAUUACGUUGUCGACGCGUGCUAGAGCAUCUGUACCGCGUUUACCCUGUUGAGGUCUUCGAGUCGAUUGUCGAAUGCUGGAUGCGGGAACGAGAAACGGAUGAUCCCACGAUGGAGCUCGUCGACGUCCUGUUUACUAGCGCACAGAAUGUAGUGUCUAUGAUCUGCGAUAGCAUAGCUACGCGCGUCACGAUGGCUUCGGACAAAGCAAGGAGAGCCGCGAGCAACCCUGCGGUUACCGACGCUGUCUUAUUCAAGUUCCUCGAACAGUACCUAGAACGAUUAGAAGGUCCUCUGGUGCUGCAGGUUUGGGGUCGCUACGUUCAGCUCGUCAAGGACAUCACGGGUAGCUCCAAGGAGUUCAAGCCUCAACAUUACCCUGGCCUUAGGUGUAUCACGGUACUUGCGGACAAGCUCACGCAAACGACCGCGAUGGAAGAUCGCCGCGUUCGCAAAGAGCUGCAAGACUGCUUGGGCAAGCUCUUGGACUCGAAUGUCAUGUACGUCGGCCGCUCGUACGACUCGGGCUCCUGGAUACGGCGAUCGACGAAGGACACUUUGGGCACCGCGGGCAGGGAGUCACCUCGACCUGACGCGAAGAUCGACGAAAAAGCCAAUGCUAGCACAGUUUCAUUGAACAAUGAGAUGACCAAAGUGACAGCGCCUAACGAGCUUAUUGUAGAGAUCACUCAAUAUCUCGCAUCGACCGCUCUUCCUAACCUUCGCCGGUAUCUGCUGGACAACGACAAGGUCGUCAGUGCUUGCAACAAUAUCACGUACUACAUCGUCAGCCCGGCCACAAAGGGAAGAGCAAGGCCUAUGGAAGUCGAGGACCCCAUCAUCGCGAUCAUACAAGAAAUGUCGCACAUCCCAGCUGCACUCAAGCUAUGGCGCGCACCGGUUGUGGAGCUGUUCAACGACAAUCGCUUCUUCAGCUCCUCGGUCGAGACAGCGGAGAAGUGGAAGCCUAUCGUCAAGUCGCUCUUCCACUCAGACAAGGCGGCGUUCCCAGAGCUGUUGUCCAAGCUCGCUGUCGCACCAUCCGCGAACAUCUUUACGAACAAGGAGUACGAGCUCUUGUUGCGCUCGCUACAGCUGCGCCGACUAUCCUUCGCUCUCUUCUGUGGUGACAAGAACGGCUUCAUCACGCAGCUGCCAACCAUACAGGAGAAGCUCGUCGAGACGCUCAAGAACGUAACAGCGCCCAUAGUGCAGAGCGAAGUGUACCUCUGCGUCCGGGUCUUGUUGUGCAGGCUGUCGCCUCACAACUUGACGAGCUUCUGGCCCGUACUGCUAACCGAGUUGUACCGGUUGUUCGAGUCAGUGAUGCUCAACUUGCCACCUGACGGUUCGGACGACCUACCAUUGCUCCUCGCCGCUUGCAAGUGCCUCGAUCUGCUCGUCACCUUGCAAACGGAAGAGUUCCAGAUCCACGAAUGGAUGUUCAUCACGGACACCGUCGACGCUGUCUACCGACCCGACGACGCUUUCCCCGAAGCCAUGAUGGACCAACUCGCUGAGAUCGCAGGCGCACUACCUGCCGCGACAACAGGUUCCGUCGGCAACGGUUUCUUCAGCCCCGCCGGCGUCACAUCCUUCAAUGCCUCCCGCCCUCUACGACGCCCAUUCCUCGCCAACAUACGGCAAAUCGAAAGCGUGCGCGACUUGGUGCCUUUCUUCUCAAACGUGUCGAUGGCGUCGUAUGAGAGCCUCUAUGCGAGCAACGGCGCCAUCGACUGGGAGGCUGUGCAGAAGAGCCUGAUGGAGGAUAUGUUUGACGGGCACGGCACUCAAUGAGGCGGACUUGUUGUCAAGUAGGAGUCAGUAGUGGUGAUAUACCAGCGGCGUUUGGCUUCGUUGCACCCCCUGUUCGUUGUUUACUCAUCUUCAUGUAGCC